AAUAAAAUAUUAAAUUAAUUGACUAUUGACCCGGUAUUUCAGAAGUUUUAAUUCAAUGCCGUAGAUUUGCCAAAAUAUUUUUUUAUUAUAAAAAAUUAUAAAUUAAAUAUAAAUUAUAAAUUAUAUUAAAUUUAUAUAUAACUUAAAUUAUAAAUUAUUAUAUUAAAUAUUAUUUUUAUUAUAAAAAGGAUCUCUUUCGUCAUAAUCUUAUAUAUUUUUAUGUUAUGAAGUAUCAAAUAGCUGCAUAUAUCCUCGGGGAAGGCUAAGUCACGCGGUAGAGAACCUAUUAAAACAGAAAAAAUGUAAAAUUGUGUCGUAAAGUCAUUAUUCCGCAGGGGAAGCUAAAGGCACAUCGACUUUAUCGUUAAAAUAAUUAAAAGAAAAAUAUAUUGUAAAAUAACUGGCUAAAAUUUGUCGUCUUUCGCGACACAUUUUACUCGUUAUUGAGAGACAAAAAGAAAAACCAACACAAAUUUCUAAAAGAUGUCUUGAAGACGUUUAAAAAACGUCCUAUUUUACUCAAACAUCUUUUAAAUUCUUUUUUUAAUCCGCAACAAGUUAAAGACUAACUCGCUAAAAGCCAGUGUACCUUUAACACGACGAAGUGCUUUGCAUGCUGCGGAAUUGUCGCGCCAUGUCGUCCCUCAUACAAAUAGACGGCAGCUUAGGUGAAGGUGGUGGACAAGUACUAAGGAUUGCAUUGACUUUGAGCACACUCUAUGGUAUUCCCAUUGAGAUCGAGAAUAUACGUGCUGGAAGGCCCAAACCUGGUCUGGCAGCGCAACAUUUGAAAUGUGUAGAACUUGCUAAAGAAAUGUGUAAUGCUAAGGUCAGAGGUGGAUAUAUAGGAUCCACACGUUUGGAGUACCGGCCUGGUCCACUGAACAAGUACCAGAGGGAAUAUGUAGCAGACACAAAGACUGCUGGGUGUAUUUGCUUAUUGGCUCAAGUAGCUCUACCUUGUGCCCUCUUUUUACCACACGAUAACACUAUUCUCCUCAAAGGUGGAACAAACGUACCUAUGGGACCACAUAUAGAGUAUUUGUCUAGAGUAUUCCAACCAAUGCUGCGCAAAUUUGGAGCAACUUUUCACUGUGAAGUCUGGAGCAGGGGAUACUAUCCGAAGGGCGGAGGCAAAGUAUGUUUUAGCAUACAACCGAUUCGUAACUUAAAUUCGGUCACUUUGAUUGAUCCGGGAGUUCCUAAAGAAAUAAAAGGAUGGUCUUACGUGGCCGGUGCCGUUCACAUAAAGGAGGCGCAAAAGAUGGCAAACGAUGCUAAAACGACUCUAACGAAAACAUUAACGGAAAACAAUAUUCGAGUGCCAUCAAUUAUAGUCGAAAGUAAUGUGGAAAGCAAACCGGCUAUUGGAAACGGAUCUGGUAUCAACAUAGUGUGCACCACCAGUACCGAAUGCAUUCUCGGUGGUUCCGGAUUAAGCUGCGGACCCCGAGAUAGAUCAUCACCUGGUGAAACGGCGGCUAACGAGAUUUUAAAGCCGCUUUUAGCUGGUGCUUGUGUUGACGAGCACAUGCAAGACCAAGUAAGCAUGUCACGGACACGAUGUCGAGUACUUCAUCUUUUUUCAAUUCAUUGUUUUGUGUUGCAGAUGAUCAUUUUAAUGGCACUGGCGAAAGGUGUCUCGAGAAUCAAAGUCAGUGGUAAGCAGCUCACUUGCCACACGGAGACCGCCAUGCAGGUCGCUGAGAUUAUGUUGGGAAAUCGUGGACUGCACUUCAAUCUGUCGGAAAACACCGACGACAAAGGAGUUUUAUCUUACAUUCUAGAGUGUCAAGGAUGUGGACUGAUUAACAAUAAUCCGUAUAUACAAACAAAGCUUGACCCUUCGUGUGUCGCAUCGGAGCGCACGGAAUUUCUCAACAAACUCGACGCGAACGUUGCGUCAAAUGCUCAAUAAUUUUAUCGCUGUCGCAGUUGUUGUCAAGAAAGGAAUUUGCAGUCAAUGUUCAUGCAUAUAUUUAUAUUGUUUUCAUGCGAAUCAUUGAAAUUUAACUCUUGAAUUUUCAGUUACUAGAAUAUCGCGAAAAAUCACUUGAGUAGCGAAUAAUAAAACUUUGAUAACAAUAA